UUGAUUAACGCCAGAUCCACCUUUAAGUCAGCCUCCUGCUACUACUGUACACCAGGGAUCGUGAGGAAAGGAGACAAGGAAAAAAAAAUAAUAGGUUUGCGAGAACAUCCCGUUCGUAAACAUUGGUGCUUACCCAUUGCCACGUCAAGCACCAACAACCAACAACAACCCUGUAACGGCCGAGAUCAAUACUUUCUAGCACGGGACUCGGUAUAUCUUAAGAUCGUUUAUCUUACGCGACAAUUUCAACUACACCUAUAACCACUAUAACCACGACGACGACGAAACCUAUUUCAUAACAUCGAAAGAGAGCAAGGUCCUACAAUAAUAUGUCAUCGGGAUUGACGAGACGUCGCGGAGCUGGCGGUGGUACCGCCACCGAUGAUAGUAAUGGAAUCAAUCGGUCCAACUCUUCCUCAAAUGUGCGCGACAGCGCCCCUGAAACGAGUUACGAGAAUAGCGAGAACGGUCACAAAAUUGCAUUCGACCCGCGUGAUAUUAGCGAAAGCGCCGAGCGCAGUAAACAACCCAAACUGACAUUGAUGGAGGAGAUUAUAUUGUUGGGACUUAAGGAUAAGCAGGGCUACCUCUCGUUUUGGAAUGAUAAUAUCAGCUAUGCAUUACGUGGUUGUAUCGUCCUCGAACUGGCCUUUCGUGGCCGCAUCAGCAUGCAAAAGGAUCCCUCUAGGCGGCGAUUCCCCCUCGCGGACCGGGCAAUCGAAGUCAUCGAUGACACGCUAACUGGCGAGGUACUACUAGACGAAGCUCUAAAGAUGAUGAAGCAGAGCGAGAAGAUGAGCGUAAGCUCAUGGAUCGACUUGAUGAGCGGCGAAACCUGGAACCUCAUGAAGAUUGGUUAUCAACUAAAGCAAGUCCGCGAGCGACUAUGCAAGGGCCUCGUCGAUAAAGGCAUCCUACGUACCGAGAAGCGCAAUUUCUUGCUCUUCGACAUGGCAACUCAUCCCGUGGCCGACGGCGGCGCGAAAGACGAGAUCCGACGGCGCGUUAGAAACGUUCUGACCCAGCGAACUGUCGUUUUGCCUGCAUCCCAAUUCCUACCCGAGAACCUCGAGUUCCGUUAUAUCCGAACCAUCUCCAUGGUUUGCGCCGCAUACGCUGCUAACGUCUUGGAGAAUGCCUUAAGCACGCUGGGCCAUGAAGCUCGGGAGAGGGCUUUCACGCAGACCGACGAGUUACUUGCUGAGUACUCACAGUGGCCAUUUGGAAGGAAGACUAGCUCUACCGGCAUUGGAGCCAACCUACCGCAGGUCAUAUCCGAGGAAAUCAAUAACGCUAAAGACAAGGAGCUCCAGCUUGAGGUUGUUGCCGCCUGUUUGAGCGUCUUUACCCGCCUCGAUUCGCUUCUAUAGACUUUGGGUUCGCCCACAUUAAUCCUUCUACUUAUACGAAACACGAUACGACCAGCAUCCAACCUCAUCGGCCUCACUCCCUGCCCUCUUGAUACAAACCAAUCUCCAACCCGGCAUUGUUUCGACAGUGUUGACACGGUCGAGGGCGCUCUUCUGGAUUAGGAAAGGGGUGAGAUUUAGGAACGUUUGCCACAGUGACUAUGGAACUGGACUGCGAAUGACACGGAGAGAGAUGGGGAGCACACUCGGAUGUGCUACUCCUCGCUAGGAUUCAGAUAGGAAUCCCAUGAGGGAAGAAAACGGGGGGAGGGGGGAGAGGAGAGCCAGACAAUUACGGUACAGGCAAGGAAUGGGUCAUGUCAUUU